AUGGAACAAGCAAAAGCAGCCGUCGCCGAUUUCAUGGCCAAGGCCGGUCAUCAUGACACGACUGUUUACGAGCGAGUUGCUCCCGUACGUAAUCUCCAGUCUGCUGAUGUCUUUGACUGCGACUGACAUUCUUCUAGGCUAUCUACCACGAGACCAUCACCAGAGAAGACCAUGAGGAUACACAGACGGUGUACGACCGCGAGAUUCACCAGGAUCAUUACCACUUCACGCUGCAGCCAGUCGAAGAUGAAGAAGUCACUGAGGACAAGGUUGAGUUCAACAUGUUGCCCGUGGAUCAGAAAGUGUAUGUUCAGCGUGCUCCCUUCCUUCAGGGACCGACUAAUUAGCACCUCGACAGGUUCGCCCAUGGAGACCCUUCCGACGUCGAAAACGCCAUCUCGCAAGAGGCCGCCAAGUUCACGACCGAGAUCGUUCGCGUGGAUGGCAACAAGACAAGCUCCACUUCGCCGCCCAUCGUCGGUGAACACUUCCACCACCAUGUCCACGAAACGAUCCAACCCAUUAUCAACAAGAGGACACUCGAGCCUCAUGUCAUUCACACCACCAUCCCCAUCCGAGAGGUCCACCACAACCAGAGCAUCUUCCACGCCACUUCCUCGCUACCACAGUUGUCGAUGGCCGACUUCAAGCGCCAAGGCGGUGCUUUGAACGGCCGCGAAGAGCGCAUUGACAGUUUCGAAGGAGAGCCUCGCUCGGUUGGUAAGGCGAUUGGAGGCACCCCUGACAAGUAA